GUCGAUCGAACACCACCCGUCGCGCGUGAUUGGUCAUAUCCGGCUGCGUUGCAGGCUGGGACGCAACAUCUCGUGAUAAUUUGCGCUUGCAGGCUGCGCUGCCGCGAGGCGCCUGCAGCUGGACCUCGUGCUGCAACAGGGGCAGCCCUAUGGCCCGCUGGCUCAUAUUAUGCACAUUGGCAGCAGCACAACACUGCCCCGGCGCGGAUGACGACGCCUUGACGCUCUCGACGAAGUCGCGGGCGGAACUCGACGAGCUGCGCGCCUGCGUCCUGGGCACGACGGCAAUAGACCGCACCGUCACGCGGAUCUUGCUCGCCGGCACCGACGCGGCGUUGACCGACGCGCGCGUCGUCAAGUUGGAUGCCUCGCUUCCCGUGAAACAACGCGCGCAAUUCUUCGCGGCGGCUCGCGUCGUCGUCGGCGCCGGCGCGGCGUUGGCUGACAUCGUGUACUGCGCGCCCGGGACUUCGGUGGUAGCGGUCGGCGCCUGGGCCCACCACGAGCGCCUCGCGCGGACGUUGGGUUUGACCUACGCGAGCGUGGCCGCCGGCACGAAGGUGGAGGGGGAGAGGGACCGGCGCGGGCAACCGUUCUGGCAGGACCGGGGCCCCGACGUCGCGGCCCUCCGGCGCGCCGUCGACGCGGCCCUGGGAAGCAGGCGCCUCCAGCAGCAGACCUGGGCCCCGGUCACAAUUGAUGAUCGGUCGCCAUGCGAGGCGCGCGUCCACGCGGUCGUGGUCGGAGACGAGGACGCGCCAGCCGCCGCCAUUUUGUCGUACCGGGCCUGGCAGUGGCGCCACGCCGUCUUCACGACGGUCGCGACGGGAAUAUCAAAGGACCACUUCCACGACGCCGUGCUCAAGGCCGAGGGGCCCUUCGCCUCGCCCUGGGCCGCGGGCCACCGCACCGGCCCGAGCAGCCGCGCGGACUUCUUCGACCACCUCGUGAAGGCCGUCGUGAAUAAGGACGGCUGCCAGGCCGGCAACCGGUCGCGCCACGAGGCGCACCACGCGCGCUAUUUGGAAGCGCUGGCGGCCGCGGCCCCGCGCAACGCGGACAGCGACUGGGCCUUCGUCGUGGACGCGCGCGCGCACGUGCGGCCGAAGCUCCUGGGCAAGCUCGUGGCCGCCGCGGCGCGGUUCGGGGACCCGCGGGCCGAGCGGAUAAGGGUAGGAAGGCGGCACACGCUGCACCCCGGCGGCGGCCACGCGCGCUACCUCUUGUCGUUCAAGCGGCGGGACGCGCGCGUCGUGGCCUUCCAGGCCAGGGCCGGUUUGCUUGUGUCGCGGGCAGCAUUGGAGGCCAUCGACUGGCCGAAGGUGCUGAAGGCGCAAGCCUGCGGCGCCCUGCGGGGCCUCCCCGCCGACGAGCGGCUCGAGCGGGUCUUCGGCCGCAGCUUCGGUACCUACGCGACGGCGCCCGCGCUCGCCGCCGCCAAGGCCCGGUCGCGCAUGUUCAUGUUGGACGCGGCGGUCCACGCGGACGCGUUCGCGGGCCAGGUCCCCUGGGGCGAGGCCCCCGCCACCGCGGCGGUGUUCUUGGACACACCAUUCUCCGAACCCUUUCAGGAGGGGCACUGGACGCAGAUGGACAAACUCCAUCACGCCGACGACGGGGCCGUCGGUAGCCUCUGCGCCGCCCCGAUCCCGGGGGCGAACGCGUCUUCAUUGGUGUCGUUGCGGUGCGAGGGGCCGGGGAUCUGUCGGUGCGUAUAA